CUAACGCGUCUGGUUAGUGACGGUGCCAGUCAGACGGACAGCAAGCGACCCCGACUGCGGCCUAGUCUGCUGAUGGUGAUGAGAGUGCUGUGGUGCCAGAGCAGGAUGUGAAAGAGGUGGAGAGGCUGGCCGGAACGUACGGAGUACGGUGUAUCGAACGAAGUGGAGGCGGUCAUGGGCGACAGUGGCGCUCCUGUGGUGGAGCGGGUGAAGUGCAAGUUAAAGGGAAAGGCGACAGGCGGCGGUGGUGACGCUAGGUCUUCGCAGGCGCCUCCUGAGGCAGCUAGCUGUGAUUCUGUUUCGUCUGAAGCUACCUUGGAGCCGGACGAAGCUCGGCUGGCGGAGCUCCGCGCGCAGCUGCAGCAUGUGGUCAGCAGCCGGCUCUGGCACGGCCCGUGAGCAGCUGCUGGAGCGGCUGCGGUCCGAGCUGCUGGCGCGGGCCGCCCUAGCUGGGUAUCCGACUCCUGCUGCUGGCCGACACAGAGACCCGGCUGGCCGUCUCGCUCCUCUCCGGGCUGGCCGGCGGCCGUGGCGCGCACGCGCACCAGCAGACAGCUCUGGCCGACCGGCGCCACGGCGAGCGACUGCUGGUGCUGCGUCCACUUCGAGAGCUCUCCUCCAAACAGGUAGCUCUCUUCGCCCAUCACUGCCGCGUGCAGUACGUGCCAGGGGUUGGACCGGACACGAUGGCUCCGGCGAGUGCUAGCAUCGGCCGAGCAACGGAAGAGUUUGUACUUGGUCUCCAGGCUAGUUUUCCGGCUACUGUUUCCACGGUGUACCGAACUGGUACAAAGCUCUCAGCGGUGGGUGCGAUGAUGGAAGACUGUGCCCUCUGCCGUCUGCCUCUGGACACCAGCGGAGGAGCAGCGUCCGCACUCCAGGCCACGCGCUUCUCUCAGAUGGUGUCCUCUUCGGGACCGGACCGGUUUCAGUAUGACCAGCACUCGGCCGACACGGCAGCAGGGGACGCUAGGGCGACUGUGCUGCCGCCUGCGGCGAAGAAUGGAAGCUGUGGUACUGAUACUCCACGCUGUGUGGAGUCGGGCGGUGGCUGCUGUGGCGGUAGCGGGGCGGGAUGCGGGUCGGCGCAGACUGUCUCUAGGAAGCCGUCGCGGGAGGAGUUGCUGGAGAGGCUGUGUUACGGCUGCCAGCUGGUGAUGAAGGACAUGAAGGAGGUGGAUAACAUGCCGGCCUUUGUGACGGAGGAGGUGGCCGCUCGCACCCGCAGGGAGAACAUGAGGAAGGAGAUACAGGACUUCCUUAUCGAGGAUAGCUGAUGUGUGUGCCUUGUGCUUUCUUUUAGGAGUUUGGUGUUGUUAGCCUAUUGAAGCGUCCAUGCAUAUGUUGAGUGGACUUGAAGUGUUCCCAAACACUGUUUCGAUUUUGCACCACUGCGUCCAUUUGGGAAUGUGUGUUGCAUGACUUUUGCAGAGCCAUUUUGCAGGUCUGAAACAUUUUAUGUGAGUUACUGCUAAUAUUUUUGAACGUGAAAUCAUUUUGGCACGGCUAUAAUGUGCUGAAGUGUAUUGAAUAUAUUUUGCGUGCAGA